AUGGGCCAACUGGCCCUCGACCAGGUGGUGCACUCCAUCCGGAGCAUGGGUCUCAAGGUGUCUCCCCCGAAAACGGAAGCUUUGUUCUUUCAUGACGCAAGUAGGGGGAGACCACCUCGAUUAAAGCUCCGGAUCGGCGGGAUCUCCUUGAGGGUGGAUACCAAGAUGAAGUACCUCGGGCUCACCCUGGAUGGCGCUUGGGGGUUUGAGAAACAUUUUGAGGUGUUAACCCCCAAGCUGAACAGGAUGGCGGGUGCGCUGGGUGCCCUCCUGCCCAACGUCGCGAAAGGCCCGAAAAGGCGGGCUAGGCGGCUGUUUGCGAACGUGGUCCAUUCGGUGGCCCUAUACGGGGCUCCGAUCUGGGCGGGGGAGAUGGCCGGGUCCCGGCGGAUCCAACAAAUGGUCCGCCGGGCCCAAAGGUUUUUGGCCACUCGCCUCGUCCGGGCCUAUAUGACCACGUCGCAGGCGGCGGCCACGGCCCUGGCAGGAAUCCCUCCGGUGGAGCUCCUUGCUAUGAUGUACGCCGAAAAAUCGGCGUACUGGGGAGCUCCGUCGGGGGACCAACAACGGGACGGAACUGGCCAGGGCCAUAGCCCUCGCUAG